AUGUCUUGUGUAUUUGUUUCAAAUUAGAUACGUGGAAAAAAUCAGUGCCUGCCAUAUAUAUUACUUUCUUAUCACCCUGGGCUUUGUAAUAGUGGCAUUCACGUGUACUUUCGUGAGGGUAAGUUUCAUUUUGUUGUCAGAAAUUUAACUGCGUUAUUUGGUCACUGUAAUUAAAGAAUACAAUUUAGUCUCUAUCAGACACGACUCAGACUGUGGUUACAGUGGAUGUAAAUACUUACUAUUCUAAGUUUACUCUGUCAUUCAAAAGUUUCGGAAGAUUUUUGGUUCUUAAUAUCCUGUAUUUAAUAUGAACAAUCAAAUUUUUCAAUUACAAUAAUUCUAUGACAUAUGGUCACCAAUAGAAUUAAUCUUUCACAAAUUCUUUGUGGUAUAAAAUAUUUAAUUGUUCUAACUUCAUAACAAAUGUAGUACUUUCACACAUGACAUGUGUAUUCAAUUAGUAAAAAAACAUUUAUUAGUCGACAAAAGAUUCAUUAGAAUAUAAAUCCACCGUAAUCACAGAUUUAUCUCAUUGUGAUUUAAUAAAUGGUAUUAUGCGAUUAGUUGUCAGAGACAGAAAUGGGGACCCGGUUCUUCACGUUAUAUACGAAUCCCAAUGGUACAAUGGUCCGUUGAAAGUACAACCAUUAUAUGUAAUGGUGUUGCGAAAAUGUUUGAACCCGCCCAUGAUAACAGGUGGAGGAUUGAUACCUUUGAAUUUGGACAGUUUCGUACAG